UUGAAGAAAGCAUUUCUUUGAUGGAAUCACACCUGUUACCUGCAUAUCACAACAUGCUCAUAUUCACCUUUUCAAUUUGCGCAAAUGAACUGCAGUACACUCUAGAUUUAACAAUUGUUUUUUAAAGAGACUUCAACUGAUAUUUGGUGAAGAAAAAUACAUGGACACAUGAAUGCUGAGGAAUCUGGCUUGUUCAUUCCAUACUAAGAUCUUCUUCCCCUAUUUUAGUACUCCAAGACUGAAGAAAUAUAAAGUAAAUAGGAAUAGGAAUAUUCUUUACUGGCCAAAUGUUUGACUGGACACACAAGGAAUUUGUCUCUGGCACAUAAGCUCUCGGUGUACAUACAAACAACAAAGUGAGUUCUAUAGUAACCAUGAAAAGCAAUGAAUCAAGAAUCACCGAGUUCAUACUUCUUGGUUUCACAGACAUUCGGAAACUGCAGCUCCUGUUCUUUGUCAUCCUUCUCUUUUCCUACUUAUUGACCAUCACAGGAAAUUCGGUGAUUAUUAUCCUGACUAACCUGGACCAUCGUCUACACACCCCGAUGUAUUUUUUCCUUUGGAAUUUCUCUAUUAUGGAAAUCGGUUUCACCACUGUCAUCACCCCUCCAACCUUGUCACAUUUGCUGAUGGGUCAUAAAAAUGUUCCCUAUGUUGGUUGCAUGAUACAGUCUUUCAUGUAUUUCCAUCUGGGCACCACUGAGUUCUUCCUCUUAGCGGUCAUGUCCUAUGAUAGAUACCUGGCCAUCUGUAACCCCUUACGCUACCCAUCCAUCAUGCAGAAGAGUUUAUGCAGUUUGCUGGUUUUCUGUUGCUGGAUUGGAAGCUUCCUCCUCAUCAUUGGUCCCUCUGUGAUCUUCCUACAGCUUCCAAUGUGCAAUUCAAACAUCCUGGACCAUUUCUUCUGUGACAACACACCAUUGAUCCAACUCCUUUGUGGGGACACUAGACUUCUUGAACUGUUUGGGUUUGUCACUGCUGCGCUUUCAUUGCUGGGGACUUUAACCAUUUCAGUAGUUUCCUAUGUCAACAUAAUAAAAACUAUCUUGAACAUCCCAUCUGCUACAGGGAGAAAGAAGGCAUUUUCCACCUGUGCCUCUCACUUCAUUGUUGUGUCCAUCACCUACGGGAGCUGCAUCUUCCUUUAUAUCAGCCCAUCCCAGGCAAGCAAAGUGGAGUUUGGCAAAAUAGUGGCCAUUCUCAACACCAUUGUUUCCCCUUUGCUCAAUCCUUUCAUCUACAGCUUGAGAAACCUACAAGUUCAGGAAGCCUUGAAAGAUCUGUUGAGACAGGUAGCAGUCUUUAUUAAAAGUCCAAGGAAAACCUGAGAAUAUCGUUCUUUGUGGUCUGAUAAAUGUGCUCUUUGUGUUAGGUUACAUAUAAGUGUCAUGGGGUUCCUUUAGGUCAUAGGAAAACCUGUCAGAUGCUCUCAGAAGGACCUGAUAUACUGCCACCAGCAGAAAUAUGAGUAAGUUGUCAAACAUUUCAAUUUUGAUCAUAUGAACAUGAUGAUGCUGCAACAUUUGUAAAUGUGAAGAAGAAUCAUAAGUCAUCUUUUUCAAUGCCAUUGUAACUUCGAAAGGUCACUUUUAAGUCAAGCACUACCAGUCGUAUUGGAGACAAUAUGGCUGAUUAGCUGGAUGGAUACUUAACAGAAUCUCUCAACAACCAUACUGAAGAAAGGAUAUAUUCCUGAAAUAUAUGAAAGUGGUUUAGAAAGGCUAUUUGUCCCUCUUUAAGUCACUUAUUUUAGCAUCACUGCACCAAAAGGUCACUAAACAAAUGAUUGUAAGUCAAGGACUACCUUUAAAUAACUGUGAAUAUAGCUGGUGGGAUAUCAGCUAACCUGGUUAAGCAGAUAGGAAUCCAGUCAUUGUGUAUAAGUCUUUCCAUUUAGCUAGACUGGUUUCCAUGGAACCAUUUUAUGGAUAGAAUGUGCCCCUUUAUAUAAAGUGGAUUUUUGAAGUUAGAUCUCUCCAGCAUGAAUUCAGUCCGCUAUUACAGAUUUCCCCAAUGUUUCUGGCUUUGUGGACUGGUGGGGAGAGGGGCUGGUUCCACAUGAGUGGCUGGCAAGUGCGCAUGCAUGCAUGCAUGGAGCUCUGUUGGCAUGAUCGGCAUACAUGCACACUUGCCGCUCAUGCACCUGAAGUGUGUGUGCAUUCUCUCACCCACUGCUUGCGCAAGUGAGGAUGUGCACUUGUGCUCACUGGCCAUUUUUUUUAUUGAAAAUUUUUAAGAUUUUACAAUAACAAAAACAAAACAAUUUUCCCCAACCCUCCCCAACCCUCCCUCAACCUCCUCCGACUA